AUGCUGCAACAGCCGGUGCCCGAACUCCGAAGCUUCCAGUCUCUGUCCAAGUAUGCUGGCGGACCGAGGUAUCAUUUUCGAAUCAAAUCUGAUCGAUUGACUUCCAGCGCAGUAGAGUCAUAUUUACGAUAAACGCAAAAAGUUAACCUCAAAUCAUGUUUGGUUAUCGUUUCGUCCUGAUCCGUCAGUUAUUCAGAAGAGCAAAUGGCUUCCUAAUCCUUCGAAAUUUCCUCUUAUGAAUUUAUUUCUGAAUUUAUGCCAAAGAUUUGUAUCAUAGAACAGUGAGAGUACCCUUUUUCGAGUGUAAAAUUUUCCAUAACUUUAUUAUUCUAAGAAAAGAAAAAUAUUCUGGUCGAAAUUUCCAACUUUUUAUUAUUAGGUAUUCAGCUAUUAGCUGUGUGUGUCUAACUGAAACGGAGAAGUAUCCGCAUUUGUUGAAUUUUUUUACAUCGAGAUGCUUCGAAUAAGUUAUUUUAAAACAGAAAACCGGAAAAAACCUCGUAAAACAUGGCAGUCUAAGGCAAACUGAACACGUUUCAAAGUUUUGAAGCUAGCAGCUGUUUCUUUUUUUUUGUUGGAGGAAAUGGAGACUGAGCUUUGAAAGCCGUUGUCUUUCACUUUACUUACUCUGAAGCUUCGAACAGCUCAAGCUAACGUGUAUUUAUCCUUUCUAAAAUGGAGUCUGCAGGUCAGUUCUUGGUCGGCGGACAUCGAGCGCAGCAGCGGUGGCCCGGCGGCAGUCCCAGUCGCAGGCUAAACGUCGAUUCGAUGAUAUCGAGGUAAUCUCGAAAUGAUGAUAAUAUAAUCGACUGAUGAGUAAUGCUUUUUGGAAAAAGUAUCGUCUCUUUCUAUAUUUUUACUCUGCUUAAACUCAGAAAAGAACCUUUCUAUAGUCAAUUUUAGAUUCCUAUAUUUUUCCAUUUUCUAUUAAAAGUUUAAAAGUUUUCUUUAGCCCUUGAUAUCAUUGAACCUCCCCAUCAUAGAUAUUUUUCAAAGAAAAAUUUUCUCUCUCAAGUUGAUUUUUUAUAGAUGAUUACUGAUCUUUUUUUGUAAAUAACUAUCAUACGAACCAGGCAAAAAUCCUGAACUUUCCUUUUUAACUCCGUUUUCGAUUCAAUUUUAAAGCUUUUUUUGAUUUUCCCUAACACUGCCUACAGAAAAAACCUCCCCAAAUUGUUUCAACUUUGAUAGUUGUACGUUUUUUUUGCACAAAAAGAGAUCCACCCGCACAUCGGAUGAAAAAAAUGCAUCCAAUAGCUUUAUGACCGCCGUUAAAACUUAGUCUCUGUGGUGUUCCGGUUCUUAGCGUUAAUUUUCAAACGCAAAAGCAACUUUUUCCGUUUUUUGCGCAUUGAAGGCUCUGGAAAAAAUUCGUGACACCGUGCUUUCUUGCACUGGUUUGCUGUAUUUCUUCAUAACAAUCGAAAAAAGUGCGCUGUUAAGCUCGCAGAAAACUUGCACCUUUUUGUCAUCUUUUCCUCAUGAAGUCGUUUUGAAUAUUUGUCAACCUUAGUCCCGAUGAAAUUUCGAUGAUCUAGGAAAAGUAUGAGAAAUCCAAGUUUCUAAAACUUUUUUUGAAAUCUUUCCCAGCUCUCACUUAAAGUUAGAAUUGUAGACGGUGUGAAAAAAAGAAAAAAAACUUGCAUCCCGAAUUUCUUUGAACUUUUGCUCAUUUAUUUAUUUGGUUAAAUAUGAGAAAAAAAUAAAGAUUUAAAUCCUACUUUCGUUUUUGAUGAGAAUUUCUUGGUUUUUGGAUCUCACUGCUUGACAGCUUCAAUUUAAGAUUUUAAACGAAAAUUGGAGAUUUCAGAAAGGAUCAUUAGGGCUCAAAUCUUAUCUUAGAAAAUUCAUUUACUCAAAGAUAGCUACUCAGUUUGACUUUAUCUCAUUUUUUUCAUGAAUUAAUCUCUUUUUUUAUCAAAAAAAUGUUGAAAUUUGAACCCAUCUUGCCUAUUUUUUCAAAAAGCUCUAAGGCCACAAAGACCAAGAUUUUUCCUUGUCCUUCUUGUUGCGUUUUUUUCCGCAACAGAUUGUUUAUAAACUCUUGAAAGAAUGUCCUAAAGAUCAACAUUCUUUUUAGACUCCAACAAUUUAUCGUUUUUCGGUUAGUUUUUCAAAUCCGCAUGUAAUCCAUCAAUUUUAAAAAACGCCGAAGAACAAAAUCAUUUUGGGUUUUUUUUUCUGUUCCUGAAGAUGUUGCGUUUUUUCGUCUUUGAAGACUUUUCGAACUAAUUGUUUAUAAAUUGCGGCGGCGGGGGACGACUAUGACCAAGAGACCAGUGAAAAAUGCUCAGGAAAAGAGGGCGGCGUUCAGACAAUUUUCCGGCCUCGGAAUUCGUGUCUUGUUUCUUGUCUUCUCCCUCCAAUUACUAGCCAACUUUUCCUUUUUUUUCUCUUUUAUGAAAUCAAGCUUUUCCAGGCGCUCGGCUCAGCAGACGGCUCCAAAGAAACUCUGCAGCUUUCGGAGCACGGCCGGGUAAGUCAGCCUAUCAUGGUUUGAAUAGUUGAAGACCUCCGGUUUCCUUGCCUUUAUGGUGCACGCAAACGAGCUCGGCGAAUUGUCAUUCUCUCAACUUUUGCACUUUUUCCUUUUUUUCGUUUUUGGGGUUCAUCAUUGAGAUUGGAAUUCUCUUCAGUGAAGGUUUCGGGAUGUUCGAAACCACAAAUAUUUCUUUCUAUAAAGGGUAUGUUAAUCAGAUGAGAGAAUAAUGCGUUGGGUUUCUAAAAAUGUUUUAAUCAUUUUGAGUGAAUUAUUUUACAGCCUUGUAACGAAAAAAACAGUGAUCAUUUUUGAAGAUUCUGCCUGUAAAUAAAUAAAUCAAGAUCAGGAAAUUCUGUUUCUUUUCAGGAUGAGUCAAUUGAAAAAUUUUUUAUUGUUUUAUGGGGAAUGUCUUUUUUUCGAUAAGCAUGAAAAAGUUUCCAUAUACGUUCUGCUGAUCCCUUUUUUAAAUUUAGGCAUUUCUUGAAUACUCUAAAACGUAAUAUCCGAACAAACAGGGAAAGAAAACAGGAGUCUUUUCGCCUAAAAAGUUUUCUAAAAAGCAUUUGAUGGUUUUUGUCAAAAUUGAAGUCGGAGAAAAGAGGGAACCAAAAAAAAAUUCGCAUUAGAAAAUAUACAUAUUUUCUUUCCUUUUUGAUAAUAAUCGGAAACCUUCAGAAAAAGUUGAAUGAAAACUCGAUGAGACAUGGAAAUGACUUUGUGAACUUCUUAAUCAGUUCAAUUAAUCAGGUUGAUUGUCUAGUGACUGGCUAGACUUAACAAUGAAAUAAAAAAAAAGUGAAUCUGUAAGAAUUUUUUUCACUGUAAAGUUUAGUCAGACACGGAAAUGAAAAACAUUUUUUUAGCACCAGAAAAUCAACUAAUCCCUUUGUUUCAACGAACAGUAAUUUAAACUUUAUCAAAAAAAGUCGAACUUCUCAUCUAAGUUUCAUCAAUUAGGCUAAUGAAUCAGAUGAAUUGAUAAUUCAAAACCUUUUUUUCUUGAGCUUGUGAGCUCAAAAAAGGUGCAAUGAUUUCGUAAUGGAAGAAAAGUGAGAGAACUGCUAUGGGAUAAUGGCAGCAAAAAGCGUUCCACUGAGCGAAAAAUUAUUUUCUCCUCGUUGGAACCUGCAAAUUGAGCUUUCACAACAAUAUUUCACAACCUGGGCUCCUAGUUACCAAGCUAAACAAUAGAUACUAGAAGAUUCAUUGAUGAAAGUAAGGUUUUUGCAGAUAGCCUCCUCUUCGGAGGCUUCACCUGCGAGGUGGGAAGGUCGGCAGAUCGAGUGGUGCGAAGAAGAUCAAGUCGACGAGGCCAAUGACUUGCCUUACCCUGGGUUAGCAACAUUUUUUUUUUCUGUCUUUCUUUCAUAUGAACCAUUUUUCGUCUUAUUCCAACUUUAUCUUGAAAACAUAGAUGUCGAAAACUGACGGAAUGUUUUAGAGAACAAUGAGAAAAAAACUACAAAUUCGAUCUUUGAGUGUUUUUCAGAGAUAGCCAUGAUAUUUUUAUCUAACUGUUUCCUCGUUUAUAUUUUUUUUUACCUUGACUUUCUUAGUUCUCUUCCUCCACGCCACAGACGUCUGUGAGCGAACAAUAAACAUUUCAUUUCAUUUUGAACCUCUCAUCAAAACAAAAAGUAUUACAGAUUUGCUGAGCCAGCUUUUCGAUGUCUUCGGCAAGCGAAACCGCCACGAAAAUGGGCUUUAGCGAUGGUUAUGAGCCCUUGGUUCGACCGGAUAACCAUGGCCGUCAUUCUUCUCAAUUGCGUUACAUUAGGUGAGAAUAGUGCAAAUACUGUGAGAAUAAAGAAAAUAAGAGACUGAUUUCCUUCGAAUCAUCUUUAAAAUUAAAAAAAUCUAGAUGCAAUCUUUUACAUCCUAACCGCAGAACCAGAAGUCCUAAGGAUACUUCUGGCGCCUUGAAAUUUUUGAGAGAGAGAAAGAGCUGUACCAUACGUCUUCUCAUAUAGAAUCUCCUUGAAUCCCAACAAAUAUGAUGAGGCAGAACUGAUGAGUUUCCAGGAAUGUACCGCCCUUGUGAAGACGGACCAGACUGUUCAACGUACCGAUGUCGAAUCCUCGAUUUGAUAGACAAUUGCAUCUUCGUCUACUUUGCUUUUGAAAUGGUCAUUUUGUGAUGCUUUUUUCUCUUAGAUUUCUUCGGUCUGCUUACAAAAUAUACGGAAAAAUUUUUAUUUCAUUAUGAGAUAGAAAUAAGCUGCACAUGAAAAUCUUUAAAAAUUUCUAAAAGCUUGAUUGAUCGAAAAUUUCAGGUUAUCAAAAUCGUAGCGUUGGGUUUUUACGGGCCAGCGGCUUACAUGUCAGACACAUGGAAUCGUCUCGACUUUUUCAUUGUCAUGGCGGGGUAAUUUCUUUCCAUUCCUACAAGAAGUUUGCAUGGAGACGCGUUGCGGUCGCGCAGCGACUCAUAAUAUCGACGCUAGAUUAUGCGCCUUUAAUGCCGAUACGGUUUGAACCAUUCUUAGUGCGACCAAUUUGUUAAAAUUCGAGAUAAUCGCUUUUUAUAGUGUGUGUGCCACGACUUGAAAUUUCACGGAACGACAUUCCGCUGUUGCGAUGCGUGUGUUCGCGAAGCGUCUUUCCAAUAGAGGUCACGCUUCACAUUGAUUGUUAUUGCUGUGGUAGCACAGGAAAUUGGAGUACCUUAAUAAAAGAAAAAAUUAAAACGCGACCAAGGUUCGCAAUGACGCGCAGCGGCACAGCGGAAUGUCGUUUGGUGGAAUUCCAAGUCGUGGUACACAUGCUAUAAUAGUAAUUAUUUUAUUCAAAAUCAACUAUUAUCUUCAGAAUAGCCGAGUUCGUCCUACACGAAUACUUGGGCGGAAACAUUAACUUGACAGCGAUAAGAACGGUCCGAGUUUUGCGACCAUUAAGGGCAGUAAAUCGAAUACCAUCAAUGCGGAUACUGGGUAAAAAUCCUCCUUUUCGGAAAAUUAAACUUAAAAAACUUUUAGUAAAUCUCUUACUCGACACGUUACCAAUGCUGGGUAACGUGCUACUUCUAUGUUUUUUUGUCUUUUUUAUCUUUGGUAUUGUUGGCGUGCAAUUAUGGGCGGGUCUUUUACGGUGAGUUUUCUGAAAACUUAUAAUUUUUCAACAAAGAUUUCAGGAAUCGUUGUGUCAUAAAUUUGCCAAAAAGUAUAUCCGAAAAUCAAAGUACAUUAUUCAAUAAUGUCAAAUUAACUAGGUGAGAAAAAAAUAUUUCUUUUUUCAAAAAGGAAGUUGAUUUCAGAUUCUAUAUACCUGAGGAUACCUCGUUAGAAUAUAUUUGUAGUCAAGCUGAUGCCAACGGGUUGCACACUUGUACAAACUUACCGCCGUAUACCGUCAAUGGAAUCAAGUUUGUUGAUUUUUUUAUAGUGAUUACAUCAAUCUCCUAAUUCAAAGUAAUAAGUUUAUUUACUUCAUUUCAAUCGAUAAAAAAGAGUAAAAUGAAAAAAUAAAUUUUUAUAGCCGUUAACCGGAAAAAAAUAUUUAACGACUAUAAUUUAACCCCUAAAAAAACAGCAACAAAAAUCAUUUGAAAACCCCUUAAGGUGCAACUUGACGAUUGACGAUCACGACAAGGUGUCAAACGAGUCAUGUAUCAAUUGGAACAUUUACUACAACGAGUGUCAAGUGAAAAUCAUUCAGAUCUAACAAAAAAUAAAGGAUAUUUUAUUUCAGGUGAUGCAACGAAACCCAUUUCAAGGAUCAGUAUCGUUCGACAAUAUCGGUUUCGCAUGGGUCGCUAUUUUUUUGGUAUUUUUCAUUGAAAUUUUCGAUGAUUUUUCAAUUAUUGUAGGUGAUAUCACUUGAGGGAUGGACGGAUAUUAUGUAUUAUGUACAGGACGCCCAUUCGUUUUGGAAUUGGAUCUACUUUGUUCUUCUCAUUGUUGUGAGUGGUACAUUUGUAUUUUUUCGGCAUUGUUGCUUAUUUUCAAAAAAAAGUUGCACUUGGAAUAACUUAGCAAGUGAGAAGCUAAUCUCAUAUAAGAUUACAUUGAUAAUAUUUAACGCAACCGACUUUAAAACGACUUGCGCGUUAAACAUCGAAAUAAACCGCUCAAUGAAGGAUUGACGUAGCAGAUAGUUUGGGCCAUUCCAAGUGCGGCAAAAUUGAAAACUCAUUUUUUCUUCAGAUUGGCGCAUUUUUUAUGAUCAACUUGUGUCUUGUCGUUAUCGCCACGCAGUUUGCUGAAACGAAACGAAGAGAAACGGAAAGAAUGUUACAAGAAAGGAAGCGGUUACAAACUCAAGACUCGAUGUGUGAGUGGAUUUCUUGGUAGUUAGAAGGGCCAUUAAACUAUAUUUUAAUACUGGAUAUUUCAAAGGACAUAGAAGAGUUUUAAAAAAUAUAAGCUUUCACCAUAUUGAUCAUCGAAUAACUCUUGAACAAACUUUUUGGGCGGUCCAUUUGCCCAAUUUUUCUGUAAUUUCAAUUGUAAUCCCAAUCCUGCAAAAACGUAUUUAGUUAUCUCUUAAUUUUGUUCAGUUAGUCAAUAUAAUUAUGAAUAAACUACAACUCCGGAUCUUUUGAACAUCGUAUCGAAACGAUAUAACUUUUUUUAGCCGUUGGUGGCAGCGAGAACGGAGGAGCAUCUUCAAAAGAAGAAGGCGACACCGUCUACGCCGCCAUUGUAAGAUUCAUUGGCCACACCUUUCGGAGAACAAAACGGGUGGCUAGAAAAGUGAGUUUCCUCAUAUAUAUCCUGACGUCACACAGUUUUUCAGAAGUACGAUACCUACAUGAUCGAAAGAAAGGAGCGGAAGAGAAUUGAGCAAAUUCAAAGGAGGAAGUCAAAACUUGACGACAUGGCAACAUUAUCGAGGAUAGAAGAAAAGGCUGAAGAUGAAGAAGGUUUGCAAAUCUUUUUUCAUUGAGUGAAGAUAUUUCCAGAAGAAGAGAAGGUUGAGGAUAUGACCCUACAGAAGAAGAGUCAGCGAAGGGUUGUCAUCGACGAUGAGCCUCAGAUAAAGAUCAAUGGGAGUGCGAGAGGUUUAAAUUUUCAAACUUUUUUUUUUAUCUUUUUUUACUUUCAGAAUUUGCAGGAAAUAACUAAACCAGACUGAUUUUUUCCAGGACAUUACACUAGAGCUCGCAGCGAUGACGUCACGACUACCGACGAUGAUUCUGACAGCGAUUCGAUGAACAACGACGAUGAAUGGACCGAAACAUUACCUGUGAAGGUGAAAUGCCUAUUGCCAAAAUUUAAUAAUCUAUCUUAACCUUUUUAAGGCAAAAAUAUCAACUCUAAGCUGGAUGAGACAGAAAGUGAAGAAAUUUGUGAUCUGCGAUCACUUUACUCGAGGGAUUCUAGUAGCCAUUUUAGUGAAUACCUUGAGCAUGGGUGUCGAAUAUCAUCAACAGGUUAUUUCUACAAUCAAGUUUUCCAUCAAAAACAAUUUUAUUUUCCAGCCGGAAAUCCUCACAACUAUUCUGGAAUAUUCCAACUUGUUCUUCACUGCUUUGUUCGCCUUGGAAAUGUUGUUGAAGAUUAUAGCUGACGGUUUUUUUGGGUACCUUGCGGACGGCUUCAAUCUUUUCGAUGGUGGAAUCGUCGCUUUGAGGUGUGAUCCUUAAAAUGUAUCCUGUUUAGAGUCUUAUUUCCAAUUUUAAAAUUGUCGUGGUAAAACGUUUUGGCGUAUUUUUGAUGCGGAAAACUGGUUUUUUUGAAAAAUAAUUGAAAAUUUCAAUUUUUUUGUGGCCAAUUGUAACUAUCAGGUCUCAUUUGUCUCUCACUUAUUCGGUGUUGAGCCAUUCCAAACGCGGUCGCAUAGUAUCUUUCACCUUUUUUUUCGUUUCCAGUGUCCUCGAACUGUUCCAAGAAGGAAAAGGCGGUCUCUCAGUCCUGCGAACUUUUCGGCUCCUCAGAAUUCUGAAACUCGUCCGAUUCAUGCCAGCUCUCCGAUAUCAACUCGUGGUCAUGCUGAGGACCAUGGACAACGUCACCGUCUUUUUUGGUCUUCUUGUUCUUUUCAUCUUCAUCUUCAGGUGAACCAUUUCAAUCUCUUAUUUCCCUGCGCACUUUCCUACACUAACAAAACAAUCCACUUCUACUUUAACUCUCACCCAAACUUGACUAUUUACAGUAUCCUUGGCAUGAACCUGUUUGGCUGCAAGUUUUGCAAAGUUGAAGAAAAAUACCUUGGCGGGUUUGCAAAAAAGUGCGAGCGGAAGAACUUUGACACGCUUCUAUGGGCUCUCAUCACUGUGUUUCAGGUAAAAGGGAUUUUUUUCUGGUUUUCUUGAAGGAAACUGAUGAAUUCAAGCAUGUUGUGGCAUGGGUGUUGUGAUGGGUGUUGUGAUGGGUGUUGAAUAGAGUUGUUAGAGAUAAGUGUUGAACGCACUUUUUGUUGAGAAUGACUGAAAUGUCAAUUUCCUAAGCAAUCUUUGUUAAAAAUCUUUUAGAUAUAAGAAGUUCUUUUUUUUCAAAUUUCAAUUUUUGGCUGACUGAAGUCAUAAUUUCGUCAAGUGUAGAUUUGUUCUAAGUUGAAAAUUCCUCGGUCGCAAGUAGAAUGGCUAAACGCGUAACGGCUGCUUUAAAACUAUUUGUAAUUUUCAUGAUUCACCGCUAAUUCAGUCAAGUUGCUCCGGAACUUUUUCAAAAUUUUAUUUCGUUCCAUGCUAUUGAAUUUAAUUUUGCGCCUUUCCAAUUUUGAAACCAAGUUUCCUAUUGUGGUUUGUGUUGUCAAGACAUCGUGGUAGUGUUUUCAGUGUGCUUGGAAUGUUAAUGUUCGGCUGCAAGUUCUGCAACGACCCCGAAACGGCUCUACAGUGCUCAAAAGAGCAAGUUUUGGGCGGGGGAUGUGACUGCGAUAGAAUGAAUUUCGAUACGUUCAUUCACGCUACGUUGACUGUUUUCCAGGUUUUUUUAAAUUGAUGUCGUUUGAGAUUGAUUUUGUAUAGAAAUGAGUACAUUUUUUUAACGAUCUUGCUGAUGAGUUUAAAGUCAUUUGUAGGAAUUUAUGACCAUUAAAAACUUUUGGGUUCAAUACUGGUUCUUUGAAAAGCGAGAGAGUUUGUGUGAAUUUGUGAAAGACAGGUUGAAUAGUUGUUUCGGAAUGGUUUUGGUGAUUGUCAAUGUUUUCUUGUCUCUCAGUAAUUGAUGUGCUUACAUAAAGAGUCCAAGAUAUCUCUCAGUUUUCAGAAUCAGUUUAGUUUAUUUUUGCCUCAAAUACUUUUUCAGAUUCUUACCCAAGAAGAUUGGAACAUGGUAUUGUUCAACGGAAUGGCUCAAACCAACCCUUGGGCGGCUUUGUAUUUCGUGGCUCUGAUGACUUUUGGAAACUACGUUCUGUUCAAUCUACUGGUAGCUAUCUUGGUUGAGGGUUUUCAAGAGAGCAAAGAAGAGGAAAAACGGCAAUUGGUCAGUUACAAAAAGUUUUCGGAAAAUUUUCAAAAAUUUCAUGAAAAAAUUCUUUUCUACUUUUUAUAAAGUGCUUUUUUCGUUGAAAACUCAUAAAAACCUCCAUUGGAGCAAUUGAUGAGCUUAUGCGAAUAUUGGUGUACAGUUCAAAAAUGAUUCUAGGAAGAAGAGACCAGAAAGAAAGCAGUAGAGGAGGAGGACGAACGAAAAAGAGAACUCGAGCUUCUAAUAGCCAAGUCAACGUCUCCGGCCUUCAACAAUGGCGCACCUCCUCCAGCUUGCACCUGUACUCAUCCGACGUCUCCCCAGAACGGGAAACAACUUGCAAUCACUUAUAAUGAGGUCUGAUAAGCUUUUCAAUCAAAUAAAUCGAUAUUAUUCCAGGACGCUGCCCAAAGAGCCGCACAACAAAACCAAGUUCGGAAAAACGCCACUGACGACGACCUGAUGCCAAGAAGGACUUUGACUAUUCCAAAUCCUGAACGACGACUUUUUGCGAGACAUUCUUCACCUUUUGCUAACACGAUGGAGAAUCGAGAAGAAGCCAACCAAUCAAGGCUCAACCGACACGCUUCCUUGGUCCUACCCGUUCAGAACGGAGGUCCUUACCGAAGGCAACGGGUUCAUAGUUGGGGAGGACUUUGUCAUCAUUUCAACCCCAGUUGUCCCGUUCACGGAAGAAGAGCUCUUAUUGAGACCUACGCCAGAGAAAAGUUUCUUGAGGUUAGUUUCAAAAGGAAUAGUUGACUUCUAGAUGUAUUUUUGGGCAUUAUCGAAACUGAAUUUCAAAUUUCGAAUGUUUUUAUUUAUGGUCUCAAGCAGGCAGGCCCCUUUCUGAUGUUAAAAAAUGUUAUAUUUCAAAAAGUUUCUUUCACAUAAAUUUUCUUCACGUUUUCUGUCUGUUCCAGUUUUUCAUCGGCCCGAAAAAAAUUCAAGUUCUUCUUUCAAAUUUGUUUCUCCUUCUCUCAUAAUUAAGAAUCAUCCAUGAAACUGUAAAAAUGUUCAUAUUCAAUUGCAGGCCAGCCAAGAACUGAAACAAGCCCUGGCCGAAGAAGAACGACGAAAUGAAGCCAAGCAAAACACCUUUUGCCGUAAACUGUUCAAGAAGACGUGUCUUUUUGGAAGAACUGAGUAUUCCUUGUUUCUUCUCGGACCGAAAAAUCCUCUCCGAAUUCGGUUUUAUAAAUAUACCGAGUUCAUUUCAUAAUUCCACAUUUCAGAUGUCUUCAUACUGUUCAAAAGAAAUGGUUCGACUAUACGAUUUUAUUCUUCAUCGGCAUCAAUUGCAUCACUCUGGCAAUGGAAAGACCGACGAUUCCUCCGGACAGCUUCGAAAGAAAGUUUCUGGACGUUUCUGGCUACAUUUUCACUAUCAUUUUCACCUGUGAAAUGAUGAUGAAGGUUAGAAAACAAUAUACUUUUUGAAUAUUUGAUUUUUGAAGGUCAUUGCCAGCGGUUGCUUCAUAGGGCAUGCAGCUUAUUUUAAAGAUGGUUGGAAUAUUCUCGACGGGAUCCUCGUCAUCAUCUCUCUCAUCAACAUCAUUUUUGAGCUUUUUGCUACUGGAGGUACUAAAAAAUGGGAAUAAUUUUUUUGUAAGAAAGAUCUUGUUAUAGACUCCCCCAAAAUAUUCGGCGUCAUACGAGUUUUGCGACUUUUGCGAGCUCUGAGACCUCUUCGAGUUAUCAAUCGAGCUCCUGGAGUGAAGCUGGUGGUCAUGACCUUAAUAUCAAGGUAUGAUGAAGAAUCUGCAAAAGCCUGCGAUUUAGACCUGUAUAAGAAGAUUUUACAUUCAAAGCUUGGAAAUUUUUCAAAUUAUGGCUGAAGUUUUUUAAUAAGGGUUCUGGCAGUUCAAAAAAAGUCGGCGGAGUUUUUUUUCGAACUCAGCGAUACUUGAUGAAAUUUUUUUCACAGUUUAGAAGAAUAGGUUUUCAAUCAAGUUUAAAUUAAUCCAAGCUUCAUGCAAUCAUUUUUUUGAAAGAUUCAUCCAAUCCAAAACUAUUUGGGCUUGUAGCCCUAUAGUUACAAGAUUUUCUCAGUAUUUGGUUAAUGCAGGGAAAAGAUAACUCUUUCUUAUUUUUUUAUUCCAGUCUGAAACCUAUCGGCAACAUCGUUCUCAUCUGUUGCACUUUUUUCAUCAUCUUCGGAAUUCUUGGGGUCCAGCUUUUCAAGGUAAAAUUCUCAUUUACCUUCUUUUCCAUCAAGUUUCAACCCCUCAGGGCAUGAUGUACCACUGUGUGGGACCAGAAGUUGGAAACGUCACGACUCGAGGCAACUGCUUGGAAGAUCAGAGGAAUAAAUGGGUUAACCAUCGGUACAAUUUCGACAAUUUGGGACAGGUAAUUUGAUUAUUUUUUAACUGAGAAAUGGAUUUGAAUCUUUCCAGGCUCUGAUGUCACUUUUCGUUCUUUCCAGUAAAGACGGUUGGGUAUCGAUUAUGUACCAAGGAAUUGAUGCAGUUGGAGUUGACAUGCAGGUGAUUGAACUAAAAAAAUGCCCUUUAUUAUUUUCCGAUAUAAGGCACCUUGAUUGGCUCAAAAACGUCCGUUUUGAGUUUUAGAGCCCCAAAAAUAUGAGAUUAUAAUGAGAAAUCAUCCAUUUCCAGCCGAUCGAGAAUUACAAUGAAUGGAGGAUGAUCUACUUCAUUUCAUUCUUGCUCCUUGUCGGAUUCUUCGUUCUGAACAUGUUUGUCGGAGUCGUUGUUGAAAACUUUCACAAAUGCAAAGAAGCUCUGGAAAAGGUUGAAUUCAUAACUUUUUUCGAAAACAAGAACAUGUUUAGGAAAUGAGAGAAAAAGAAAAAGAAAAACGACUCCAAAGAAAGUUGAAGCGACAAAAGUUUGAAGAGAGCCUUGCGGGGAAGAAAAAGAAAUGUGAGAUUUCUUUGAGAUUUUCAAAAAAAAUUGAUUCCAGUGGAACGUUUACAUCCCUACUAUCACGAUUAUGGUCAUACCCGUCUAUUUCUUCAUAGUAUCGUCACUUCCAAGUACUUCGACCUUGCCAUUGCUGCCGUCAUUGGUGAGUGAAUAAAGGGAAUAAAAUGCGCUUUGCUUUUUAGAAUCAAUAACACUAAAAAAACUAAGUUCAAAGUCAGUUUUCAUGAAAUCAAAGCCUUGAAAGUCACAAAAAAACUAAGUGAUUUUACUCAAAUUGUUUUUGUGAAUAAACAAAUUUUUUUACUUUUUCCAGGAAUUAACGUAAUAUCAAUGGCGAUGGAGUUCUACAUGAUGCCGAUGGGCCUGAAAUACGUCCUAAAAGCUCUCAACUACUUUUUCACCGCUGUUUUCACCCUUGAGGCCGCGAUGAAGCUGAUUGCACUCGGAUUCAAACGAUUCUUCAAAGAAAAGUGUGUUUUCCAAACUUUUCAUCAUUCAAAAAAAAUUUAGAUGGAACCGAUUGGAUAUGUUCAUCGUGAUUCUGUCCAUUGCUGGUAUCAUUUUUGAAGAAUUUGAAGCGUUGGAACUUCCCAUCAACCCGACGAUCAUCCGAGUCAUGAGGGUUUUGAGAAUCGCUCGAGGUUCAAAACGUAAAUCUAAAAAUCGAGUAUAUUGUUUUUUCAGUUCUGAAACUCCUAAAAAUGGCAAAAGGCAUCCGCUCCCUAUUGGACACCGUUGGAGAAGCUUUACCUCAAGUUGGAAACCUCGGAUCUCUAUUUUUCCUACUCUUUUUCAUUUUUGCCGCUUUAGGAGUUGAGCUCUUUGGAAAAUUGGGUAAGAAAGUAUUUACAUUAGAGAAUAAUAAUCUGAAUGACUCAGAGUGCUCUGAGGAUCACCCUUGCGACGGACUUGGCGAACACGCUCAUUUCAAGAAUUUCGGAAUGGCCUUUUUGACAUUGUUUCGGAUUGCAACGGGCGACAACUGGAAUGGAAUCAUGAAGGUUAGAAUGAACACAGGUUUUUUCUAGGUUUUUGUUUGACUUGAGGUUGAGUUUGAGGCAAAAAGACUUGUAUUUGAAAAUAAGAAUGAAGCGUUGACUGUGAAAUGAAUAUAACUCUAACCAGAAAUCCCUACUGAACUGUUUUUGAUUUUUAAAUUCCACCAAAUUUCGGUUUUUUUGCUCCUUCGCACUGAAACCAAUUUUUACAAAAAAAUUAAUAGUGAAUUUAGGAUCAUAGAGUCAAGCUGGGUGAAAUAGAAAACAAAAGAUUAGGAAUACCUUUUUGGACAUUUUCAAGCUGUAUUUUUUAGAUUUUGGUUAAAAAUUCAUAGAGCCUUGUUAUUUUGAAAUGUUCCGUAGUUAAAACGGAUACUAUCAUUGAAACCUAAAAUAUCAUUUUCCAAUUUCAGGAUGCCCUCCGAGACGACUGCGACUCUUCGGAUCACUGCGAAACCAACUGCUGCGUUGACCCGAUCCUCGCGCCCUGCUUUUUCGUCAUCUUCGUGUUGAUCUCUCAAUUCGUUUUGGUGAAUGUAGUCGUCGCUGUUUUGAUGAAACAUCUCGAGGAAAGCAACAAACGCGACGCCGACGGCGCUGAAAACACAGGUAAUUAGACUAUUCUCAACUCUUGCAUAUGAAGAUGGAACUUGUUUUUCAGCCGGUGAGUUGACAGAGAAUGAAAUUGCAAAAGUCGACGAUGAUGAGAAGGCUGAAGAUAUCGAAAAUGAAGAAAUCGAGGAGUUCCAAGAGAUUCCAGACCAUCAUGGAGGAACAAAAAGGCUCUCUAUACAAGUGAGUUUAAAUUGGACAAUUUUUCGAUCAUUCUCUAGGGACAUGAUUAUCGAAACAAUAUAAACCAAAAGUUUCAAUAAUAGUUCUUGAAAAGCUCCUUUUUCGAUAAAACUUUUAUUUUCUUGAAUUUUCUUGAACUUUUCCGAUAACAUUCUAAUUGACUACAAAAAAGAUUAUUUGGAAGCUUUCGAAAUUAUUCGAUCUUAAUGUUAAUUUUGAAUGCGCGAAAGUCGUUUUUGGUCAGACGCGCUCGCAUAAAAUUUGCACUGUAUCCAUUUCUUGUUGAGCUUUUUACCGUGCCAUUAUGAUAUUCUAUGACUUCCAGGCUAGUCUACAAUGAAAAUUCAACUUUUUAAACUUCAGAUGCUUGAACAAGAACUUAUUGAAGUUCAAAAUCGGAUGGAAGAACGAAUGCGAAGACAAAGCGAAGCUCAAUUUUCAGAGCUGAUCCCUUUGAACAACAAUGAAGGUUGGUGGAUUUAUUAGUAGUUCAUCUUUUUUUAAGAAAAAAAUAUUUUGAUAAUUUUUUUCGGAGUUUUGGUAACUCAGAUGGGAAUUUGGACUUUUGAAACACGGAAACUCGAAAAAUUAUACCUUGAAUUUUAAAAAAAGAAGCUUAUUGCAAGCUAACUGAAUAUGUAAACUCCAUAAGAAAAUCUUCUGGCCAGCAUUAUGAUUGUAAAUAGAAUAUAUUCAGGUGAUAUUGAAGACGAUGAUGAAGAUCUGAAUCAGAAUAGGAGGCAGCCGUUCCGUGGAAGAUCAAGGUGACUAUAUUUUUCCUGAAAUCUUCAUCUGAAUGAGACUUUUUCAGAACGAACAGCGCCAAAAGUGGCCGAAGCUUCAGAAGCCGGACUUCUUCCCACCACACUACUGCAUAA